CUGUAACUCCUCAAGGCUGAAGUGUUUAGUGUUGUUUUCUUGUAUUCCUCCUGGCCUGCCUUCGAGGCUGGAAAGGAGCGUCAAUCAGGGGUCUUCUUUUUCAUUGCCCUUCACUCUUGGCUGGACAGCUGACUUCCUCCCCUUUCUGCAGGCAUGAAGUUACAGUGUGUUUCCCUUUGGCUCCUGGGUACAAUAAUGAUAUUGUGCUCAGUAGAAAACCAUGGUCUCAGGAGAUGUCUGAUUUCCACAGACAUGCACCAUAUAGAAGAGAGUUUCCAAGAAAUCAAAAGAGCCAUCCAAGCUAAGGACACCUUCCCAAAUGUCACUAUCCUGUCCACAUUGGAGACUCUGCAGAUCAUUAAGCCCUUAGAUGUGUGCUGCGUGACCAAGAACCUCCUGGCGUUCUACGUGGACAGGGUGUUCAAGGAUCAUCAGGAGCCAAACCCCAAAAUCUUGAGAAAAAUCAGCAGCAUUGCCAACUCUUUCCUCUACAUGCAGAAAACUCUGCGGCAAUGUGUGAGUCACUGGGUCAGAAUUCCAGCAUCUGCUCCCCGUCUGCCCCAGGAGAGGCCAGGAAGUGCUGGCCCCCAUCGGCCUCCUGAUAUGGUGCUUGGAGUCAAAGGAAAUUCUCUGCGCAUGUCCACAGGGAGAACUGUGGAGAAUCUCUCCCAGUGGCCACUGCUUCCCCAGGGCUCCCUGCCUGCUGACAACUCCUCAGAUGGUCUCCUCCUAGAUAACCCUCCUGGGGUGACCAACUUAUGUCAACAUAUUCCUUAGUAAGAGGCAUGGCAAGGACUCCAGUUCUACUGUAAACAUACCCCUGGUUUCUUUAUUUCUGGCCCUUUGGUGUCUUUACAUCAAUAAACCUCUGGGUAGUUCCUUGGUAUGGCCUAUCCCUAAAGGUUACCUAGAAAUUCAUUGCGAUCUAUUCAAAUCCAACAUCAGAAAGAAAACCAACACAAACCAACAAAAACUUAGACCAGGAGAGAACCUGGGCUCUAGCCCCAUUCCUGCUAAUGAUUUCCUGUGAGACUUUGUGGCAAGUGACUUCACCUCUCUGUGCCUCAGAUUCUAAAAUUGUUAGAAGAGUUGAUGGCCCCUGUCCUACUCUCAUUAAUAUGAUAAUGGACUCAAAUAAAUUCACCUAACCAGUUGUUUAAUUAAUAAUUCGUUAAAAUUAAUUAUCUAAUUAAUAAUUAAUAUUUAACAAAUGUUUGUUGAGUGCCUACCCUGUGGGAUGCAGCACUCAGAGUGGUGAUAAGACAGAUAUGGUGCCUGCUUUCCUAGUGCUGACAGUCUGAUGUGUUCUAAAUGCAGAAAAAACAAAAGGCGUGGGCAGAUGCAGAUGACUCUACAGACAAGCUCUAUUCUUCCGUGGCUGCUCCCACCUGAGUUUACUCAUCUGACUCUCACUGUGGGAGGGAGGAGAAAUGUCACUUCUCAUGUGGGGAGGUAGGAGUAAGAGAGGGCCAGAGUGGAAAUGUCCUCUGAUAGGAGCUUCCUCCACUUUAUCACAGCAGGAACAGAGGCAGUGUCACUGCAGGCAGGAAGCCACCAAUGCCACCAGAGUCAUCCAUGACAACUAUGAUCAG